CUUGGACCAGUCGGACAGAUAGCAGGCUCAUCGCAAGGUAUCUGUAUGUAGAGUACGUGUAUGUGUGUGUGCGCAGCCCGACCUGCUUCAUCGGCCGUUACUACCUAUAUUGCAUUCCGUCAUCCUACCGCCCUCGACGAGAUACCUAUAUCCCCCGUCCCAUCCUGUCCGCAGCUUUGCAAAAAUAAAUAAACGGAAGGAAGGAAGGAAGGAAACUCCAAGCUCAAUGCAUCGAAUCCGACGAGCAGCAACCAGCGCCAGUCGCGGCGAACGAGCCAGUCCCCUCCGCUUUUUCGGUCGUCGAACCGGAACAAUCUCGCAGGAUCAAUUAAACAUCGACACGCCUAUAUCCUCCCGGCCUGGCUCGCAUCGCGCAAAUACUUUGACGAGGGAGGCGGGAGGCGUAAAUGGAAAGAAACCUCUCACCAUCGCUGGACAGCUGCGGACUUGUCUUUUCAAAUGGAUCAAUAUCCUCCUCCUGUUUGUGCCGGUGGGCAUCGCCACGUAUUAUGCUGGUGUUGAUCCCACCAUCGUCUUCGUCCUAAAUUUCAUAGCCAUCAUCCCCCUCGCGGCCCUACUCUCCUCCGGAACCGAAGAAGUCGCCCUAUACAGCGGCGAAGUGAUCGGCGGGCUGCUGAACGCGACAUUCGGCAACGCGGUCGAGCUGAUCGUGUCGAUACUGGCGCUGAUCAAGCGUGAGAUCGUGAUCGUGCAGACCUCUCUCAUCGGCAGCAUCCUCAGCAACCUCCUGCUAGUGCUCGGAAUGGCCUUCAUCGCCGGCGGAUGGAACCGGAGCGAGCAGAAGUUCAACACGACGAUCGCGCAGACCGCCGCGAGCAUGCUCACCGUCAGCUGCGCGAGUCUGAUCGUGCCUACGGCGUUCCACAUGGCCAGCUCGACCGAUACCGACGUCGGCAUCGCACCCCUGUCCCGUGGCACCAGCGUCAUCCUCCUCGUCGUCUAUGCGAGCUACCUCGUGUUCCAGCUGAAGACGCACGAGCACCUGUACUCGACAAAGUCCGAAAAGACGCCGAAGGAAAAGCUGCUGCGCCGCCGGAACAAGGAGGUGCCGCUCGCGCCAUGCCCCGAGCCGCGCACCGAGGAAUCCCUGACCGAAGCCGAGGAGGAGGAGGCAGAAGACGAGCCCGAAGAGCCGGAACUGACGAUCCUCUUCGCAGUGGGGCUGCUGAUCGCCUCCACCGUCCUCGUCGCGAUCUGUGCCGAAUGUCUAGUCUCGAGCAUCGACCACCUAGUCGAGAGCUCCGGGAUCUCGCGCGUGUUCGUGGGCCUCAUCCUCCUGCCGAUCGUUGGCAACGCGGCGGAGCACGCCACCGCCGUCACCGUCGCCGUCAAGGACAAGAUGGACCUCUCGAUUGGCGUGGCGGUCGGGAGCAGUAUGCAGAUUGCCCUCCUUGUCAUCCCCGUUAUGGUCAUCCUUGGCUGGUGCAUGGGCAUCGAGGAGAUGAAUCUGUACUUUGAUGGGUUCCAGGUUAUGAUCCUGUUUGUCAGCGUCCUGCUGGUCAACUACCUCAUCCAGGACGGGAAGAGUAAUUACUUGGAGGGAAAUUUGCUGGUGGCCUUGUAUUUGAUUAUUGCUCUCGCGAGUUGGUUCUACCCCAAAGAAGGCGCUCUAGCAGGAGCGAUGGAGAAGAAGUAGGUAUGUAAUCGGGCUGCUUCAAGUUUGUGGAUGGACGGAUGGGAUUGUACAUAAACGGGGAUAUGACGAGAUGUCUCCACACUUACGGCCGUGUUUUUUCUUCCUUUUCUUCACGAUAUCUGUAUUUUGCUACUUUAGCGUUCUUUGUACAACAUAUAUAUCAUACCUAUGUGGAUGUAAUCAAUUUGGAGACAAUUCAAGACAUUCAAGAUAUGUAACUAGAUUCGUGUGGAGGCCGGUU